AUGGAGCAGACAAACGUCACGCCGGCCAGUCCCCGUGCCGUGAACCUUAACCUCCCGUAUACGUUGGCAGAGCUGGUGAUAGCGGUGAUGUCGGUCUGUGGGAAUGUUCUGGUCUGUGCUGCUGUCCUGCGGGAUCACCGCCUGCGCACCAUCACCAACUGCUUCCUGGUCUCACUUGCUGCAGCUGACAUCGGUGUGGGAGCGCUGGCCAUUCCCUGCGCCGUGCUGACUGACCUGGGCAUGCCCAGACACAACUUCCGCUUGUGUGUGCUGACCCUGUCCGUCCUGGUGGUGCUCACCCAGAGCUCCAUCUUCAGCCUGCUGGCCGUAGCCCUCGACCGCUACUUGGCCAUCUUCCUCCCGCUGCGUUACCACGCCAUCGUCACGCCCAGAAAUGCAGGCGCAGCCAUCACCAUCACCUGGCUCCUAUCCCUCUUGCUAGGCCUGGUACCCUUGAUGGGUUGGCACCAGCCCCCACCACCAGACGGCUACUGCCACUUCACCACAGUGAUGGACAUGGCCUACAUGGUCUACUUCAAUUUCUUUGGCUGCGUCCUGGGGCCUCUGGCUGCCAUGUUCCUCAUCUACGCCCGCGUGCUGACUCAGGUGAGGCGGCUGGCAUCCCGAGGGGAGCGGGCAGCGGGAUCCUGGAGGGAGAUGAAGACAGCUAGCUCGCUCUUCCUGGUGCUGGUCUUCUUUGCCAUCUGCUGGCUGCCCCUCCACCUGAUGAACUGUGUCCUCUUGAUGUGCCCGCAGUGCCCUCUGCCCCUCCCACUGCUGCUUACCGUCAUCAUCCUUUCCCACGCCAACUCUGCGGUCAACCCUGUACUCUACGCCUUCAAAAUGAAGGCCUUCAGAAGGGCCUUCAAGCUCAUGUUCCUGUGUCGCCCCGCACAGGUCAAGCCUGACACAAGACAAGGUUAACACCCGCGUACCAGCCCCACCAGGAAACCCCAGCACCCCGCCCCCUCAGAUCAAGUUACCGUGCCACAAGCAACUGGCUGUGCCCCACACCCUCAGUCUGAUGCACGCAGACCUUUACCCUCUCUCUAACCCUCAGUCUGAGACAGGCUGAACUUUACCCCCUCUCUAACCUCAGUCUGAGGCACACAAACCUUUACCCUUGCUUUAUCCCUCAGUUAGAUACACACUGACAUUUACCACCUCCUCUCUAACCCUCAGUCUGAGACAGGCUGAUCUUUACCCCCUUCUCUCGAACCCUCAGUCUGAGGCACGCUGACCUUUACCCGCUCUCUAACCUUCAGCCUGACCCCUAGCCUGAUGCAGACCGGUCACUACAAUGUUCAGACCAAACGAUGGAGGUCUGAACUCAGCUGCACAGACAGUGACCCUGUCAUGGCCUGGCCCUCCUUGAACAGUGCAGAUAAACAGU